GGGGGCAGCGGAGGUGGGGGGUCGGAGACUGGCCUCGUGGGGCCAGUCUCCGGAGCGCGCGGGGGCGGCCGGUGUAGGGUGGUCUUGGAGCCCCUCGGUGGAGGCGGCAGCCCUAGUGUCCGCGUGUGGUCGGUGUCCAGGCUUGUGUCUCCUGUGUUAGUGCCAUGUGCACACGGGGGCCCGUUCCUCGCGUACACAUGUGCAGCCAGCCUUUUGCAGCCUGUCCUGCCCUCGCCUGCCUCGGCUUGCUUCCUACCUAGGGCUCUGCUGGGCUGGCCGCGGCUUGGGGGCAGCUCUUGGCCGUACUGGUCCCUGUCACCUCUGACCCUGAGAAUGCACGUCCCUGGCUGGGGCUCACCUUCUGUCAGUCUCCUGUGUGUGGAGAUGUGUGGCUGCAUGAGAAGGAUUUCUGUGUCCCUGGUGGCAGGUGUGUGUCUUUGCAUGUGUGUUCCAUCACUGGCCUGGGUAUCUGUGUCAGUCCCAGCAUGAGUGUCCAGGGCGUGUCUGGAUGUGGGUGGUAUGCAAGUGGGGGGAAGAGAGUAAGUGUGUGUGAGUGUGUUCUUUGGAAUCCUGCCAUGUAUGAAACACCUUUGGGCUAGCAGGUGUGAGCCCCUGCUCUGUUAGGGAGUGGGGACAGGAAAGCUAGCUGAAAAGGGAAAGAGUGGGGUAAAGAGGAAAAGUGGGGAGUUGGGGGAGAGGAGGACUGAGCGGGGCUUGGUGAGGGGAGAGGCAGGAGAGGGAAUGGCUGCAGAGGGCUUGGGCAGGUGGGACUUCGUGGAGUCAGGUUGAGAAGAGAGAGGAGGUGGGGAACUGGCUGGAGCUGAUGGAGAAGGGAGUCUGGAAAUGGGGAGGCAGCGCAGGGGCAAGAGAGAGUCAGGCCUUCCGUGAAGUGAUCACUGAGAGGAGAGCGGCAGCCGGGCUUGUGGCUUGUGUAGGCCAUGUAGAAUCGGGCUUGGCUGGCUCAGGAGAGGCCAUCCUAGAGGCUGGCUCCCAGUGAGGCCUGGCGCAGCAGGACCUGCUGAUAGAGGUGCCCAUUCCCAGCCCAGAGUUUUGCCCCCCCCCCACCCGCCCCGGCCCAUUCCUCUGCUCUCUCUCCAGCUCUGUUCCUCCACCUGCUUUGGCAGCCUUCCUCUGGGGCUCCCCUUGAGAGCUGCCAGCGGGGUGUGACAGGGAAGAAAGGCCAAAGGGAAGGUUAGUGGUUUGGGGGAUUGGAGGGUAGGGGGAGAUUCUGUGGGUGAUGGCAAGAUUAGAGAGGUUGGAGAGGUGGGAGUGCAAGCCCUUGCUGUGUGUGUGAGUGAGUGCAAUUGUGUGUGUAUACAGGGUGUGUACAUGUGUGGGUGUGUGCACAAUGCCUGUGUUACGGGUCUGUGUAGGUGGCUGUUAUGCGUGUGCAUGCGUGUAUACAUCGUGCAGGGAUGGGACAUGGAGGCCCAGGAUCUUGGUGUGUGCUUAUCAGGUUUGCUCUCUGCGUGGACAUGGGCCUGUGGCCUGUGUUCUGUCCAUGUCACUGCAUGCAGCACUGUUAACAGGAUAUCCUGUGUUUCUGUCACUCUGCCCCCUUUCCUCUGUGUUUCUGCUCUUUUUUUUUCAUUGUGGCACUGAGGGGCUUUGUAAGCAUAUGCGUAUGUGGUCUCUGUGUACCUCUGACUUAAAUAUGAGUUUGUGCCUCUUAGUACUUGGUUAUAUGUAUAAGAUUAUAUUACUUCCAAGAAUCAAGCAGACCAAUUAGCAAAUCCAUUCUCCUUCUGUUAAUUCUUUAGUUCUAAAGCAGAAUUUUAGUGGAUUUGAAGUUAGAGUUUCUGCCUUUAUUACAGGAUCUUUUAUAUGAACAUAAUGGCUGAACUGCAUUCUUUGGCAUGAGAAUGAGGCAAGCAGACCUGAGAAAAGCAAAGACUUAGGAAGGAAAUAGCCUGAACCCUUAGAUGCACUGUUGAGUGUGUAACAGAAGGGUAGUUAAUGCAUUUGUUCCUUGGUUUUUCUUUAUUCUGGAAGCAACCAGGGACUCCUGUGUUGGAGUCAGGAAAGGGCUGGGGAAGAAGGGGUUGUCCUGAGAUAGAGUGGUUGUGGUUGUACUUUUCCUGUGAAUGAAGGAUGCUUGUGCUUUGGGGGUCUGGGGGUACCUUGAUGCGGUCAGAAUCAUGGUUUACUCAGGCCUGUGUCUUAGAGGUUAAAGUGGCCUCCCCUGUGUGGGGGCCCUGUGUGGUGUCAGGGUUAAAUGUCCUUUUCUGCAAUGUGCUGCCCACAUGACUGCCCAAGGGACUUGGGCCCCAGGUCCACACCAGCAGCUCUCAUGGGUGUCAGGGUCAAGUAUGCACUCCCCUGCUGCAGUGCUCACAUAUGUCUAAGCAUGUGUCCAGCGGGGUAUGUGGGCCCCAGGGCCUCAGGAUGCGGACCUGUGGCACCCCCAACUCACCAUUCUCUGCAUGUCUGCUAAGCACCUGGGUUCCUCUUUAUCGUCCGUGCUGUGGUUAUCAUGUAUAUAUGUCCCCUCCCCACACAGCUCCGUGUAUGUUUCUGUGCUCUACACAUGUGUUGCUGAGGGACUGACAAGGGUUUCCAUGUCAUGGGAUCCACAUUUUUGUGUGUAGAUCUCCUAACACCCGGGUUUUAGAGGCAUAGGGAAGCUGGGCAAUUUGCAGGUGAUUUGCAGUUCAGGAAGCUGACAGUGAAGCUGUGGCUGUGGCCCUCCCUUGUUCUGGACACUAGAGGGUUAACAGGCGGCUCUUCCGGUCCCCCCCCCACCAGCCUGUAGCUUCUUGUUGCUGUGGAGAUGGUAGCCCCGCCCCUGAUGCAGCACCUGCCCCCCCAUUGGCUGCAGUGGUGACUGUGGGGCUGAGGGGGGAGCCCAGGCCUGGGCAGCCAUUCUGGAGCUGGAGCCCGAGCUUGGCAUCCCCCCACUUUCAUUCUCCUCUAGCUCCUCAGCCCCUCUCAAUUCCCUGGCAGCAGAGCCUCAGCUUCCCUCCUCCGAGCUGCCACCCCUCCAGACUCAGAGCCGUCCGAGCUUCCUCCGCGUUCACCUCCCCUCCUCCUCGCCCUGCCCUCACUUGGGAGUCCCCCGAGUGCCCACUGCCCAUUCUCCCUGCUCCCCUGCUUUCUUCCCCUUCCCCUUCCCCCUUCCCUUCUGACUCCCUGCCUCUGCAGUGCACGUGGAGCGGGCCCCUUCUCCCCUCCCCCUGCCCUUUGCUGUCCCCAGGCUUCUUCCGCUUCCACUCCGCACAGGUCCCUUCCAGGACCUCCCCCUCCAGGCCAGGGAGGGGGUCAUGGGAGGCAGUCCUGGCCCUCCAGACAGAUUGGGGUCGGGGAGAAGAUGUGCCCAGCUGAAAGAGGAGGAAAACCUGCCUCCGGCCCAUGACCUUUAACCCGACUCCCCCCCCCCCCCCCCCAGCUGACCCCUUCCUGGGGGUGUGGGCACCAAGAACCUAGGAUCCGUGGCUCUUUGGUGUCCUUUAUUCCUGAAGUUUUACUGACGCUCUCAGCCAUGCCCCUUUGCUGACUGCCAGCCCCAACCCCAGUCAUGGGCCUGAGGCCCCCCACCCCGUCCCCCUCUGGGGGCUCUGGCUCAGGUUCCUUGCCCCCUCCUUCCCGCCGCCAGCCUCUCAGCCGCCGCUGCUCUUCCUGCUGCUUCCCGGGGGAAUACCACUUGGGUCGCUCGAGGAGGAAGAGUGUCCCAGGGGGGAAGCAGUACAGCAUGGAGGCCGCCCCCGCCGCACCCUUCCGGCCCUCGCAAGGCUUCCUGAGCCGGAGGCUAAAAAGCUCCAUCAAACGCACGAAGUCACAACCCAAACUUGACCGGACCAGCAGCUUCCGCCAGAUCCUGCCUCGCUUCCGAAGUGCUGACCAUGACCGGGCCCGGCUGAUGCAGAGCUUUAAGGAGUCACACUCUCACGAGUCCCUGCUGAGUCCUAGUAGCGCGGCCGAGGCCUUGGAGCUCAACUUGGAUGAAGACUCCAUUAUCAAGCCAGUGCACAGCUCCAUCCUGGGCCAGGAGUUCUGUUUUGAGGUAACAACGUCAUCAGGAACAAAAUGCUUUGCCUGUCGUUCUGCCGCCGAAAGGGACAAAUGGAUCGAGAACCUGCAGCGGGCGGUGAAACCCAACAAGGACAACAGCCGCCGGGUGGACAACGUAUUGAAGCUGUGGAUCAUAGAGGCCCGGGAGCUGCCCCCCAAGAAGCGGUACUACUGUGAGCUCUGCCUGGAUGACAUGCUGUAUGCACGCACCACCUCUAAGCCCCGCUCGGCCUCGGGGGACACCGUUUUCUGGGGUGAGCACUUCGAGUUCAACAACCUGCCGGCUGUCCGGGCCUUGCGGCUGCACCUAUACCGUGAUUCAGACAAAAAGCGCAAGAAGGACAAGGCAGGCUAUGUCGGCCUGGUGACUGUGCCUGUGGCCACCCUGGCCGGGCGCCACUUCACAGAGCAGUGGUACCCUGUGACCCUGCCAACGGGCAGCGGGGGCUCUGGGGGUAUGGGGGGCUCGGGUGGGGGAGGGGGCUCUGGGGGCGGCUCAGGGGGCAAGGGCAAAGGAGGUUGCCCAGCGGUGCGGCUGAAAGCACGUUACCAAACGAUGAGCAUCCUGCCCAUGGAGCUAUAUAAGGAGUUCGCCGAGUAUGUCACCAACCAUUAUCGGAUGCUCUGUGCGGUGUUAGAGCCCGCCCUGAACGUCAAGGGCAAGGAGGAGGUCGCCAGUGCCCUGGUUCACAUCCUGCAGAGCACGGGCAAGGCCAAGGACUUCCUUUCAGACAUGGCCAUGUCCGAGGUGGACCGCUUCAUGGAACGAGAACACCUCAUAUUCCGCGAGAACACGCUCGCCACUAAAGCCAUAGAAGAGUACAUGAGACUGAUUGGUCAGAAAUACCUCAAGGAUGCCAUCGGGGAAUUCAUCCGUGCUCUGUAUGAAUCUGAGGAAAACUGUGAGGUGGACCCCAUCAAGUGCACGGCAUCCAGUUUGGCUGAGCACCAGGCCAACCUGCGGAUGUGCUGUGAGUUGGCCCUGUGCAAGGUGGUCAACUCCCAUUGCGUGUUCCCGAGGGAGCUAAAGGAGGUGUUUGCGUCCUGGCGACUGCGCUGUGCAGAGCGGGGCCGGGAGGACAUCGCAGACCGGCUGAUCAGCGCCUCGCUCUUUCUGCGCUUCCUCUGCCCGGCCAUCAUGUCUCCCAGCCUCUUUGGGCUCAUGCAGGAGUACCCAGAUGAGCAAACCUCGAGAACCCUCACGCUCAUCGCCAAGGUCAUCCAGAACCUGGCCAACUUUUCCAAGUUUACCUCAAAGGAGGACUUUCUGGGCUUCAUGAACGAGUUUCUGGAGCUGGAGUGGGGUUCCAUGCAGCAGUUCCUGUACGAGAUCUCCAACCUGGACACGCUGACUAACAGCAGUAGCUUUGAGGGUUACAUCGACCUGGGCCGAGAGCUCUCCACGCUGCACGCCCUGCUGUGGGAGGUGUUGCCCCAGCUCAGCAAGGAAGCCCUCCUGAAGCUGGGCCCGCUGCCCCGGCUCCUCAACGACAUCAGCACGGCUCUGAGGAACCCCAACAUCCAAAGGCAGCCGAGUCGUCAGAGCGAGCGGCCCCGGCCUCAGCCCAUGGUGCUGCGGGGCCCUUCGGCCGAGAUGCAGGGCUACAUGAUGCGGGACCUCAACAGCUCCAUCGACCUUCAGUCCUUCAUGGCUCGAGGCCUCAACAGCUCCAUGGACAUGGCUCGCCUCCCCUCCCCAACCAAGGAGAAGCCCCCGCCACCACCGCCUGGUGGGGGGAAAGACCUGUUCUAUGUCAGCCGCCCACCCCUGGCCCGGUCCUCCCCCGCCUACUGCACCAGCAGCUCGGACAUCACAGAGCCGGAGCAGAAGAUGCUGAGUGUCAACAAGAGUGUCUCCAUGCUGGACCUGCAGGGCGACGGGCCCGGCGGCCGCCUCAACAGCAGCAGCGUGUCCAACCUGGCGGCUGUCGGGGACCUGCUGCACUCGAGCCAGGCCUCCCUGACCGCGGCCUUGGGGCUGCGGCCUGCGCCUGCUGGCCGCCUCUCCCAGGGGAGCGGCUCGUCCAUCACGGCGGCCGGCAUGCGCCUUAGCCAGAUGGGCGUCACCACAGACGGUGUCCCUGCCCAGCAACUGCGCAUCCCCCUCUCCUUCCAGAAUCCUCUCUUCCACAUGGCCGCUGAUGGGCCAGGGCCCCCAGGGGGCCACGCAGCGGGCAGCGGCCACGGCCCACCCUCCUCCCAUCACCACCACCACCACCACCACCACCACCGAGGCGGAGAGCCCCCAGGGGACACCUUCGCCCCAUUCCACGGCUACAGCAAGAGCGAGGACCUCUCCUCAGGGGUCCCUAAGCCCCCUGCUGCUUCCAUCCUUCACAGCCACAGCUACAGCGAUGAGUUUGGACCCUCUGGCACCGACUUCACCCGUCGGCAGCUCUCACUCCAGGACAACCUGCAGCACAUGCUGUCCCCUCCCCAGAUCACCAUUGGUCCCCAGAGGCCUGUCCCCUCAGGGCCUGCAGGCGGGAGCGGCGGUGGGGGCAGUGGUGGGGGCGGCGGGGGUCAGCCGCCCCCAUUGCAGAGGGGCAAGUCUCAGCAGUUGACAGUCAGCGCUGCCCAGAAACCUCGGCCGUCCAGCGGGAAUCUGCUGCAGUCGCCGGAGCCGAGUUAUGGCCCUGCCCGCCCACGGCAGCAGAGCCUCAGCAAGGAGGGCAGCAUCGGGGGCAGCGGGGGCAGCGGUGGCGGCGGCGGGGGCGGGGGGCUCAAGCCCUCCAUCACCAAGCAGCAUUCCCAGACGCCAUCCACACUGAACCCCACAAUGCCGGCCUCUGAGCGGACGGUGGCCUGGGUCUCCAACAUGCCUCACUUGUCGGCUGACAUUGAGAGCGCCCACAUCGAGCGGGAAGAGUACAAACUCAAGGAGUACUCCAAGUCUAUGGACGAGAGCCGGCUGGACAGGGUGAAGGAGUAUGAGGAGGAGAUCCACUCGCUGAAGGAGCGUCUGCACAUGUCCAACCGGAAGCUGGAGGAGUAUGAGCGGAGAUUGCUGUCCCAGGAAGAGCAGACCAGCAAAAUCCUGAUGCAGUAUCAGGCCCGGCUGGAGCAGAGUGAGAAGAGGCUACGGCAGCAGCAGGUGGAGAAGGACUCCCAGAUCAAGAGCAUCAUCGGCAGGCUGAUGCUGGUGGAGGAGGAGCUGCGCCGGGACCACCCCACCAUGGCUGAGCCGCUGCCCGAACCCAAGAAGAGGCUGCUCGACGCUCAGGUGGAGAGGCAGCUUCCCCCCUUGGGUCCAACAAACCCGCGUGUGACGCUGGCCCCACCUUGGAACGGCCUGGCCCCCCCAGCCCCACCUCCCCCACCCCGGCUGCAGAUCACUGAGAACGGCGAGUUCCGAAACACCGCAGACCACUAGCCCACCCAGCAUCUCAGACCUCCUCCUCCCUCCCUGUGCACCCCACCCUGGAACGGCACCGACCACCAGGACUGGACGUCGCCGAGGGACAGUGGGAUCGCCUCCCUGAACGCCUCCUUGCGGGGCACCAGUCCCCUACCCCCACUGCACCAUUUCUGGGAGGGAGAGCGGGGAGCCUCAGCUGCCCCCUUUUCCUUCCUGCUGGGGUGCUGUCCCCUGUGACCCCCAGGACCCUUGCCCCAGGACACAGACCCCUUCACUCCGGGGUGCUAUCCCCAUCCUCUGCCUCAUCGUUCCCCUGAGCACUGGGGGACAGACCCUCACCCCCACCCUGGGGGUGCGGCACCUCCAAACUUUCAACUUCAGGGUGAUUUUUUAGCAGUAACCAGAGCUGACAAUCUAACUCCCCUCCACCGCCCCAUUUUGGCCUCCCCUGUCCCCCUUGUUAUGGGGAGGGGACCCCGGGUGAGGGGGUCCUAUUACCCCUUGAUUUCUCAGGAGCGUCUGGGGGGGCUCAGCACGCACAAACUCCUUCUCCUCCUACCACUCUCAAAUACUCUCCCUCCCCACCCAGAACCCAGAUGGGGUGGAGGGGCCACCGGGGCAGGGAGGGGGCGGCAAGGGGGAAUGGGAGUUGUCUCCCUUUCUUCCAUACCUGAUCUGCUCUUGGCUGGUCCCAGAGCGGGGUGAGGGGGCUCAGGCCCCCCCCUCCCCCAGUGCGUUGGGUGGGGCGGAACUGAGGUUCAGGGGAGGGGUUAGGGUUUAGCAGGGGGGUGUAUGUUGGGGAGGACAGACUAGCUGAUCUGCCCUACCCUGACACACACAGCCCCCCUGCCCCCCCCUCUUGGUCUCUACUCCCAGGGGGAGGGGGGAACUUACUCUAGGAAAAGCCAUGUCUCUCUCCCCCAGGGCAGGGGGACCUGUGUUGGAGGAGGGGUGUUGGGGGCCCCCUUCCAUGACUCUGUCCCCUGGGGGAGGUAGGACAGGGCUGGGCUUCCCUCUCAUCCUCCCCCCGCCCCAAUCUCCCUCCACAUCUCUCCCUCCCGCCAGCUCCACAAUUUUUCGGUGUUUCUCUGUACAUAGCUCUCUGGCGGGAUAGGGGAGGUAGGAUGGAUGGGGUUUGGGGUGGGUCGGUCAUAGGAGGAGAGAAGGCCCUCCUUGGCACCCCCUCGUCCCUGACUGCUGUCCUCUACCCAGCCUUGCCCCCUCAUCCCUUCUUGCGUUUGGUAUUGAGACUUCUCGGACUCCACCCUUCUUUCUUUUGUAUGGACAGUUCCCUUUCAGUCCCAUCCCCUACACACAGACACCCAGCCGGGGCCAAAUUUAUACUUAUAUAAAAGUUGUAAAUAUGUGAAAUUUUAUCCCUGUGCCCUUCCUUGCUUUCCCAACCUCAGACCCUCCCCCUGGACCCCCUUUCCUCUUCUCUUCUUUGGCUGUUGUAAUUAUCUGGGAUUUGUACUGUACAUAUCUGGGGUGUGUGUGUGUGGGCUGGGGGCAACCCCUCUGUACAGCGCUUCCUGGCCCCCUCCCCCCCACGAUUCCGUCCCCCACCCCAUAAGGGUAGGGAGAUGUUCUUCCUACCUGUUUUAUUUUGUUUUCUCGUUCUCCCUCCCCACCCCUCCCCACCCCACCCCCAGCCUACUCUCUCCCCCACCACUGCCCCUUUUCUUCCACUCCCAGCCCCAUUUCCUUUUUUUCUGGAGUGUGUGGUGAAACAGAAAAAUCAUGUUUAAUAAACGGAGAUUGUUCUUUUA